AUCUUUCCUUCUCCGCCGGUAACCAUGCAAGCUAUCCAAUCUUCAUCUCUCCGGCCAUCUCCGGUCGACCCAUUUCUCAAAAGCAUACCCCAAUUCACCAAUGUAAAGCCAUUGAGACCCAAAAGAACCCCUUUUAUCUCAGCUUCAUCCACUACAGUUUCAGCUCCAACAAGGGAAAAAGACCCCAAAAAGCGUGUUGUUAUAACUGGGAUGGGUCUUGUUUCUGUGUUUGGGAAUGAUGUUGAUGCUUAUUAUGAUAAGUUAUUAGCUGGUGAAAGUGGGGUUACUCUAAUUGAUCGAUUUGAUGCUUCUAAAUUUCCUACUAGAUUCGGUGGACAAAUUAGAGGAUUUAAAGCUGAUGGUUAUAUUGAUGGUAAGAAUGAUAGAAGGCUUGACGAUUGUCUCAGGUAUUGUAUUGUUGCUGGGAAAAAAGCUCUGGAAAAUGCGGAUCUUGGUAGCGACAGAGAUAAAAAGAUUGAUAAGGAGCGAGCUGGUGUUUUGGUAGGAACAGGAAUGGGUGGUCUUACAGUUUUUUCAGAUGGCGUCCAAGCCUUAAUCGAAAAGGGUCACAGGAAAAUUACUCCAUUUUUCAUACCAUAUGCCAUAACAAAUAUGGGUUCGGCCUUGCUUGCAAUUGAUGUUGGUUUCAUGGGACCUAACUACUCAAUUUCAACUGCUUGUGCUACCUCCAACUAUUGUUUCUAUGCUGCUGCAAAUCACAUUCGUCGAGGUGAGGCUGACUUGAUGAUAGCUGGUGGAACUGAAGCUGCCAUAAUUCCUAUUGGGUUGGGAGGUUUUGUGGCAUGCAGAGCUUUGUCUCAAAGAAAUGAUGAUCCACAAACUGCUUCUAGACCGUGGGACAAAGAUAGAGACGGCUUUGUUAUGGGAGAGGGAGCUGGAGUGUUGGUGAUGGAAAGUUUGGAGCAUGCAAUGAAACGAGGAGCACCCAUAAUUGCAGAGUACUUGGGUGGUGCAGUAAAUUGUGAUGCUCAUCACAUGACUGACCCCAGAGCUGAUGGACUUGGUGUUUCUUCAUGCAUCCUUAGUAGCCUUGAAGAUGCUGGAGUGUCACCAGAAGAGGUUAAUUACAUAAAUGCUCAUGCAACUUCCACAAUAGUUGGUGAUCUAGCUGAGGUAAACGCUAUUAAGAAGGUAUUCAAGAACACUUCAGAGAUCAAAAUGAACGCAACCAAGUCCAUGAUAGGUCACUGCCUGGGUGCUGCUGGUGGCCUGGAAGCUAUUGCAACAGUUAAAGCCAUUAAAACUGGCUGGCUGCAUCCUUCAAUAAACCAAUUUAACACUGAGCCUUCAGUUGAGUUUGAUACAGUUGCAAACAAGAAACAGCAGCACGAGAUUAAUGUUGCAAUCUCAAAUUCAUUUGGUUUUGGUGGUCACAACUCUGUUGUCGUGUUUUCUGACUUCAAGCCAUGAGUCAGCUUAGUAUAGCAAGAGCAACCUUCUGCUUCUGAGGCUUAAUUUAGUGUGGUAUAGAGGCUGCUUCAUCUCAACACAGAAAUUGCGAAUUUUGGUUGUUUUUGUUCUUCGCAUCGACAAUCUUAACUUUUUCUGGUAUUUUUCUACGUUUAGAUAAUUGGAUGUUUUCAGGCUUGGUUAGGCAGCAACCAGUUUUGAAUUAUGUAAGAGAUAGAAAAUAUACUAUGGUAUUUUGAGGUUGAGAGCAUUGUUCACUUUGAUUAUUUGAUCUUCAAGAUCUCAAUAGUUAUUCUUGGUUUCCUACUAAA